AUGCAGGAGGUGGUCAAAGUGCUGUGGGGGCUCGCAGUGGGCGUCGGUGCCACGGACUGCACCUCUCCCCAAGAGACAUGGGAUUACAUUCGAUACCUGGACCAAGACAUUGCUGCAGUGAGCCCGCUGCCUCGCGAGGGCCGCGAGCUGUUGUACCAGUUCUGGCAUUCGCUGGGUUCGGACCCCGCCAACCGCGCCGAGAACUCGGCAAAGUGCGCUCCAGGCAUGGCAGCGGUGAUGCUACACUCCUUGUCUUUCAUCGACCGGGACGAAGGCGAAGCGGCUGCGGCAGAGGUCUACCGUCAGGCUGAGCGCUUGGUGAACUCUCUCAGAGGAUGGAGCGGAUGGCGUGUGAAUCUGACCUGGCACGAAGCAGCGCCGAAGCUUUUGGGGUUGGAGCCUUUGCCGGAUGCCCAACUCUGUGCUGAAGAGCAUCGUCCGAGAUUCUAUGUCUACGACACCGGUGACUACGCACGACCACUCUUGAGCUGUGCCUCGGGUAUGGAAGGUUCCGAGGUGAUGCUUCACCGAUUCCUGCUCCGAAGCCGGUGCAGAACCAGGGACCCAGCCGAAGCAGACUUCUUCUACGUGCCCUUCUAUUCCUUCUGCUUUCAGAACCUGCAUAUCAAGCCCGGCACCGAGACCGAGGAGCUGGACAAACACAACAUAGCUGUCGUCAACUCCCUAGAGCACUUCGAUGUAUACCGAAGAAGGCAGCACAUUUUCCACUUCGCCCACGAGUUCUGGGACUUUCCAUCCUGGGAGUCGUACGUGGCAAGAGCAAAGAUCUUCGCAGUGGAAGCGAACCCAUUGAUCGAUGUCGUGAACUACCGGCACUGUGUUUCGUGCUUCGACGCCUGGAAGGAUGUGGUUGUGCCGGGCCACACAGAUGCCUGGGCCAUGCGAAAGCUUCGUGAGAAAGGGAAGCCGAGCACCGAACGUCGCUUCCGCUUCUGCUUCCAUGGUGCUAUGCGACACGAUCUCUAUGAGAGGACACAUGCUGAAGGCAGGCCGUUCAACGGUAGCCGAGCCGCAGACACCCGACGACAGAUUCAAGCCUUCGCUGGCGAGUCCGAUGCAAGUAUCGGGCCUCAUAUUACUCCACUUCUGGACUACUACGGGCGUGUGGGAGAUUGCAUCUUCUGCCUGGUGCCGAAAGGUGUCGGCUACACCAAUGGUCGCCUUUUUGAGGCUUUCUUCGCAGGCUGCAUCCCUGUGAUUCUGUCGGAUGCUAUGGUGGUGCCCUUCCAAGCGUUUCUUCCAUGGCCCGACUUUAGCAUGAAGCUUCCCAUGGAUGACGUGGCACGGGCCGUUCACCUGCUGCGGGCGAUGCCAUCAGCAAGGAUAGCUCAAAUGCAGGAGAGUUUAUUGGAGAAUGCUUGCUGGUUCGACUACUACUCACAAGAUCCGUCGUGCUCACCAUACGAAGGUGUUCUCCGCGUGCUCGAGAUGCAGCAGGACAGGCCCCACCGAGAGGUGUUCGGUUGCAAGACUCAUCUUUCCAGCAAGGCGGAUACCAGUGAAACCGUGAGCGACUGCGGCGGGGUAGAGCUUCUAGAUCCGCCAACUGCCGCUCUUCUGGAAAUCGGAAGGCUUCUCGCCCUAAUUUCGAGCAGCUCUUCCAGCAGCUCCAACUUCAGGUCCGUGCUCCCGGCGGCAUCAAGAGCAACUGCAAGGGAGAGGCUUCCAACCUGGCAGGGAAGGCUCUCCUUUAACGCCACAACAUCGCUGACGGCGGCUGAGCCGGGUGCAGCUUCGCAGCUUCUGAUUGCUUCCCUAGCGAUCGGCACCUGCAAUGUGGCAGUAGCCUUCGUACGCGGCUUCCAGGGCUGCAGCCAAGCCCCUUCGCGCAAGGCACGGUCGGCCGUGCUGGCCGGCGAGCAGCUCUUGACCGUUGCGGUACUCAAGGAAAAGCUGAGAGAAAAGGGUCUGUCUACGACAGGCCGCAAGCAGGAACUGCUCGAACGGCUGGAGGGGGCCGAAAGACAGCCUGCUGCAGGCUAUGCCAAGCUGACGGUUGCUCAGCUUAAGGCAAAAUGCGCGGAGCUGGACUUGCCAAAAUCAGGGCGCAAAGCCGACCUGGUGGCUCGCUUAGAAGCCAAAGCUGCUUCGCAGGCCAGCCACAGCACAGCUAGCUCCAAGUUUCUGGUGGGAGACAGGGUUAUGGCCCUGUAUGAAAAAGAACAGAAAGAGUACGAGGCUCUUGUCCAGUGCCACAACGGCGAUGAGUCCUACUUGAUCACAUGGACGGAGGAUGGCUACGAGCACAAUCAGGAUGCUAGCAACAUGAGGCUUCUCAAGCGCAGGGACAAGCCUUUUCGCUUCUCAGCCGGCGACAAAGUUGAAGGCUUGUUCCAUGACGAAGACAGGUGGUAUGCCGCUCGCGUUAAGUGUGUCAAUGAUUCCGGCUCCUACACUGUUAUUUGGGAUGAAGAUGGUGAGGAAUACGAGCUUGCGGAAAAGGACUUAAAGCCUUCAAAGCUGCCAACUCCGCUGUCAGACUUGACGCCUCGCCAAAAGCUUACAGGCACAGUGGCAAGGACGUUUGGUUUCGGAACGUUUGUGGACAUCGGUGCUGAGCGAGACGGUUUGCUGAAGCCUUGGUUCACCUUCAAGGGUGAAGAGCCAAGUUUCAAGCCGGGAGACAAGGUCAAGGCACUCUACGAUGAGGAGGAGGAGUACUACGCAGCGACAGUCCAGAAGGACAACGGUGAUGGUACUUUCGACAUAGUAUGGGAGGAGGACGAUUGCGAGUACACGGCCGACAAGUCGAAGAUGGAGUUAGUUCGCCUCGCAGAGCUGGAGUGGAUGCCUCCGGAGACAGGUUUGCAGCUCUCCGCAUCCCUUGGAAGAGACGACGUCGCCGUUGUCCACUGGCCAGCACUUGGCAGUGUCGAAGUCGACAGGAGUGCUGGGGUAGUUCGAUUGCAAGGUCAAACGCUCGGCAAAGUCCGGCGAGUGCCAAACUGGUGGGGGGAAGAUGCUAACCUGGCCUCUGGGGUGCUGGUGGCUGCAGAGACGGCUGAAGGUGUGGAGUUCCUUCUUGCUGUGGAGAGCAGGCCUUGGUGGCCCACCCGGCAAGUAGGCCCACUUUGGGGAUUCGUCGAAGCGGAGGACCCAAGCCUCACCUUUGCCAUGGCGCGGGAGGCAGCCGAAGAGGGCCUCGAGAUUCUGGGAAGCCAGGACCAGCUCUUAGCCAGCUUGGAGUCUUCAGAAACCUCCUGUCCCGUGUCCUUCUGGCCCUGGGAAUCCGACACAGCACGGCUCAAGCCACGGCCGGCAGUUCUGCGAAUGGUGAGCUUGGGGCGCUUGUCUCCGAUGCAGAAAGGGGCAGUUCUUGGCAGCUUUAGGAAGCGACGCCGCCACGCCUUAGCUUGGGCCGCUUCCUUGGCUGUCCUGGCACAACCUGCAUCACACUUGGAAGUGGAGGAGCUCAUCUGGGUGAAUUCGCGGUCCUUGCUACAAGAGGUGCAGGCGGGCCAGGUCCCAUGGCUUGGCGGGAGCGAGGGUGGUCCCCUGCGCGGAUUUGUGGGCGAUCUCCUUCGGGAGGGCCAACGUUGGAAGCGGAGCGCACGCUUUCGAGACUUCUGCACAGGAACUUCGGAGGCAGAAGCAUGGCAGCAUCAAGACAUCGAGUGCGUGACCAACCUCCACUGCGCAGAAGCGGUCACGGUGUACGUUGAGUCUGUGAAAACAGACAAGGAUGGCCAGCAGAAGCUGUGGCUAGCCUUGGUCAAGGACAAGAUCGGUAGCCAGGGCCCAAAACCGAUAGUAGACCUGUCGGGCUUCACGGACCUCUCCACGGAUCUCUGGCUGAGGGGGACCGUCACGAAGAUUUUGAAUUUUGGGGCCUUUGUUCGAGUCGAGCCUCCGACUGGUGGAGAACCAGCACAAGGUCUGGUCCAUGUGAACGAAGUCCGGGACGGUUUCAUCAAAAAUCUCGAGGUCCUUCCUCUGCCAAUCUUAGCGAGUAACCUGCUCCGAGUGACAUACUCCAGCACCCUUGCGCACAGGUAUGCGCGGAAGAAGCUCGUCAGUCCUGCCCUGCUUCAUUUCGCUACCGUCCAUGCACCAAGGGCACUUGUGGCAUCCAAAGUCAGAAAGCCACCACGAAAGCAUCAUGGCUCUGCUGAGAUGUGGAGUCUUAAUGCGAUUCAGCAGAUGCAAAGGCCGACUGAAAUGUCGCCGCAGCUGGAGGUUUCAGCCGUAAAGAACUCUGGCAGUGCUACCGUUUGGAAUCGUGAGCCUGUUUUGGGGUGUAUGCGCAGAGCGCAUUGCAAGACGUUUGUGCCAGGAAGGCUCAUAGAGGUGCAGCUAAAGCUGCUCAUGCCCGUCGCUGAGAACUUGAAGUCAGAGAUAUUCCCGCCUGUCCGCAUCGACGUUGACUACUUUGCCGCGGGAUUCUUCCUGCGUGCUGAUGACCUGGAACCGUCAUAUCUACAUUCAAGAACCUGCAAGCUGCACAAAGGCUGGACCUUCAAGCUGUCAGCGAUCGGCAUUGAUUUCUUUGGUUCUUGCUUGGCACCGAGAGCUUUCGGGAUGCCGCUUGCCAAGUGCUGUUUGCCAGCGAACCUAGCAGUGUGCUUUGUCAGCUUUCGCUACCUGAAACAACUUCGGGAAGCUGAAGAAGCUUCGUACCAGGAAGCAGAAUUGGACCUCUCCAAGCUUUAUGAAGUGCCCCCAGGAUAUGAGAAAACAAAAGCAGAGCCACCGUUUGGUGACCCUUCGGACUUUGCAUCAAAAGCGCCUGGGAAAAGUCUCAGAAAGGCUGAGCCCAUUCCCGCCACAAGGACAGAGGCAGAGAGCACAACCUUGCCAUCUAACCCCGAACCGCCAAAACCGGCAGCUAUGCCAAAACCUCCAGCGACAUCUCCACAGAAACCACCCCCACAGAAACAGGCGACAGAACCACCGACUUUGCCGCCACAUGAACACCCACUGCAAAUGACAUCCACAUGUCCCAUCUGUGGCGCAAGGAAGGAAAGCCCCCUGCUCACCACCAACCUUGACCUUGACGUUCGCUGCACCUGGAAAGAAGUUUCCAAGUCAUUCCUGUCUGAGACUGCUGACGACGGACAACCAAAAGCGUUGUCUGAUGCCAAAGAGAUUUGCAUCAAUAUCGGCACAUCCUGUGGCGGAGUUACCUGCGACAAGCCUGGCACCCACCUCGAAGAGGCAAAGCAGUGCACAGCGAGGUCGUCAACACAGCCAAAGUCGUCUCCCAGCGAAGAGGUGACGUUUGUGAAGAACUGCACGUAUGGUUCAACUUGCGACGAGGCGCGACCUACAAGGUUCCCGGCCAAUCCUUUCAGCAAAGACCUGAAGGGUGCUGCCAUCGUCAUCCUCGCGCACAACCGGGAAGGAGAUUUCAGGAGAUGUCUUGAAUCACUGUUUGCAAUACCAGAGGUGGCCUUGUUCACUGUGUAUAUUUCCCUGGAUGAUCCGGCAGCCUGGACAUCUAUGACUGCUGCUGCCAAGCAGGUCGCAGCUGGCAAAGGUAUCAACAUCGAGGUGUGGCAGAUCGGGCCUCGGGCAUUUGAUGCUACAACGGUUCUCAACGAGGAGACAGACAAGUGGAUGAAGACGAACACUGGAAAGAUUGCCCACCACUACUGGACCGUGUUUGAGAAGUCCUUCAUGGAGAAAGCACACGAUCACGUGAUCUUCGUUGAAGAAGACUUGCUUUUCUCCCCGGACUUCUUCGCGCUGUUCCGCAGCACAGCUGGCCUCUUGGAUGAGGACCCAAGUCUCUGGUGCAUCGGCGCUUGGAACGAUUUCGGCUUCAAGGGCACCGCACUCGAUGCCUGCAGCCUGCAGCGCACCUCCUAUUUUCCAGGCUUGGGCUUCAUGCUGCUGCGGCGAGCCUGGCUGGAAGUCCGAAAGGCCUGGCCCCUGGCACCGACCAUGGGCUGGGACUACUGGAUGCGGGUCGCAUUCCGAGCCGCCGGCAAAGAAUGCAUAGUCCCACAGGUGUCAAGAAGUCACCACGCAGCAGCUAAAGGCUCUUCUGUCUCGACAGCCAAGCAAAUUCGCUUGUUUGAGUCCAUGGCCUUUUCCGACGUGCCUUCGACAUGCGAUGUUGCUGAACCUUGCGCACAAUUCGGUAAUGUGUCUUAUCUUGCUGCUGAGGACUACGAUGCUUGGCACCGGCAGGCAGUUGCCAAAGCACCUAGAUUGGACUUGAAGGAGCUGAAGGCACAAAAUGGAAAGCCGAUCAAGAAGCUGCCAAAAAUACUUCAUGUGGUUCCCUAUGUGCAUGAGGAGUUUCUGCAGUAUGCGGAGGCUGCGGGCUUGUCUCCCAGGAACACCAAGGGCUCGAUACCAGCGGACGUUCGCUCUGAGCACUAUGGUACUGUCGUUGGACGCAUUGUCAGCCAGCAAGUCCCUUUAUUGAUGGUGGAUAAGAGGAGUCAGCUGGGGCUCUUGCGACCCGAGGAGCAGCUAAGGUUCAACGUGAACUUUGAGGUUGUUCCUGGCUCUCAGGGGAAGUCGUGCGUGGAGGUGUGCCAAGCAAGGAAUGCCAAGUGCGACAAGCAGCAGAUAUACUUCCUGAACGACUGCAAUCUUCUCAAGAAGCACUUCCCCUGCGAGGCGGGUUGCGCCCACCAGGUGGGUAAAGAGCUCCCGGUCUACGUGCCCGAUCCGGCCCAAUCCACAAAAGGGCAGUGCCUGAUCACCUUCAUCUCGCCAGCAACUUGCGAGGCGAAGCACAAGAGCACCUCCCGCCUCUGUCCGUGCAGCGUGGCAGCCAAAGCUGAGACAGUGCGACCAGGCCACAAAUGA